UGGUGCGGAGCAGUGAGACAGGCAGGCCGGCGGCAGCAGCUAACCGUGGACACACAGAAGGAAUGUUUUUAUCGGCGGAGCCGCGGCCGCUACGCGCUUUGUGGAUUCAACUUCACACCUACACGCACAGAACUUAGGAGAGAUCGUUCCAAGUGACUCCCUGGAGGUGCCAAACGAAGCCGCCAUGUCGGUGACCGUUCAUGAGAACCGCAAAUCCCGCACCAGCACGGGCUCCAUGAACAUCUCGCUGUUCCACAAGCCUUCCCAUCCCGACAGCGUCCUGACCCACCUGAACACGUUGAGGAAACAGUGCAUGUUCACCGAUGUCACGCUGUGGGCCGGGGACCGCUCUUUCCCAUGCCACAGGGCUGUCUUGGCGGCGUGCAGUCGUUAUUUUGAGGCCAUGUUCAGCGGCGGCCUUCGAGAAAGUCUGGACAGUGACGUCAACUUCAGAGACAGCAUACACCCCGAGGUCUUGGAGCUUCUGCUGGACUUUGCCUAUUCUUCUCGAGUCAUCAUAAAUGAGGAGAACGCUGAGUCAUUGCUGGAGGCGGGCGACAUGUUGCAGUUUCAUGACAUUCGGGACGCAGCAGCAGAGUUCUUAGAAAAGAACCUGCACUCCUCCAACUGCCUGGGGAUGAUGCUGUUAUCAGACGCUCACCAGUGUAAAAGGCUGUACGAGCUGUCGUGGAGGAUGUGUCUGCUACACUAUGACACGGUAAGAGAGUCUGAGGAUUUCUAUAGUCUGUCUAAAGAUAAACUGCUGGAGCUGAUUCUCAGCGAUGAGCUGGAAAUAGAAGAUGAACAGGUUGUGUUCACCUCCGUGAUGCGGUGGGUCCGAUACGACUUGGAGGCUCGGCGGCAGCACUUGGCCGAGCUGCUGCGGGGCAUCCGGCUGGCUCUGCUGCCGUCCGACUGUCUGCUGGAGGCCGUGGCCUGCGAGGAGCUGCUCAUGGCCGACAAGAGGAGCAGGUCAAUAGUUGAAGAGGCAAUGCAGUGUAAGAAGAAGAUCCUUCAGAAUGACGGAGUAGUGACUAGUCCCUGUGCCCGGCCGCGUAAGGCAGGGCACACGCUGCUUAUACUGGGGGGCCAGACCUUCAUGUGUGACAAGAUAUACCAGGUUGACCAUAAAGCCAAGGAGAUCAUACCGAAGGCCGAGCUGCCCAGCCCCAGGAAGGAGUUCAGUGCAUGUGCCAUUGGAUGUAAGGUUUACGUCACAGGAGGAAGAGGAUCAGAGAACGGAGUCUCUAAAGACGUCUGGAUCUACGACACUGUCCAUGAAGAGUGGUAUAAAGGAGCCCCGAUGCUAAUAGCCAGGUUUGGCCAUGGUUCAGCUGAGUUGGAGAACAGUCUCUACGUUGUUGGAGGUCACACCGCCAUAGCGGGAGUUUUUCCUGCCUCUCCAUCGGUCUCCCUAAAACAGGUGGAGCGGUAUGACCCUCUCAGUAAUAAAUGGACUAUGAUGGCUCCUCUGAGAGACGGAGUCAGUAAUGCAGCCGUGGUCAGUGCCAAACUCAAACUCUUUGUUUUCGGAGGGACCACCAUCCAUAGAGACAAGGCCUCCAAGGUUGGCGGAUUUGUCCAGUGCUAUGACCCUGUGGGUAACCGCUGGGAUAUUGCGGCUGAAUGCCCCCAGCCUUGGCGAUACACAGCGGCUGCUGUCUUAGGGAGCCAGAUCUUCAUCAUGGGCGGCGACACUGAAUUCACCGCUGCCUCCGCUUAUCGCUUUGACUGUGAAACCAAUCAGUGGUCGCGGGUAGGCGACAUGACGUCCAAACGGAUGAGCUGCCACGCCGUGGCCUCGGGAAAUAAGCUGUACGUGGUUGGAGGUUAUUUUGGGACGCAGCGUUGUAAAACAUUGGACUGUUACGACCCUACGUCAGACAGUUGGAACUCCAUCACCACGGUGCCUUAUUCACUGAUCCCCACCGCCUUCGUCAGCACAUGGAAACACCUUCCUGCGUAACUGGGAGACCCCGGGAGCCAGCCCUUCCAGGUGUUGACUGAGGAGGACUCAGCCUGGAGGAGCAGCUGAGACUGGAUGGACAACGCGCUGCACCUCACAGACUCAGUCAGUCCUGAGCCAACAGCACAGCAGCCGGGUCUUAACACACACCGAGAAUCCCUCUCCGUACCGUGCUUCCUGAAUGAACAGACACUUUGAUCAACCUGACCGAUGGACGAGUGGAGCACUCUUACAAACCUAUGAGGGUUCAUUGUGUGUGUGUGCGUGCGUGUGUGUGUGUGUGUGUGUGUGUGUGUGUGUGUGUGUGUGUGUGCGUGUGCGUGUGUGUUUUGUCUCAGGCCAUGUUUCUGUAAUGUCUUACUAGUCAUGAAAUUCACUACUGCACCAUCCCAGUGUAAAGAUGUACUUUAGUGGCUUCACUCAAAAACACACCAAAAGGCCAAAUGAAAGCAGCUCACAGUUUCCUGUGAACCCGACUUCUUAUUAGAGCUCGCACUGCACACACUCACUACAUUACUAUCACUUCUGCACCAAUACAGUGUUAAUGAAGGGACUGGGGGGGGGGGCAUUUAAACUGCAGACUCUUCAUCAUCUGCAUUAAGAAUAGUCUGAGGGUUAUCUGGCUUCUCAGCGUUUGAUUGGAAACAUUCUUCUUUAAAAUGGGCCGUGUAAUAUUAGUAUUCUCAGCCGAACAGUGGAUGUUCUGGGUCAUUUCAGCUUUUAUUUUUCACACGGAAGGCUCUGCAUCAGAAAUGUUUACGUGAUUAACAGCUGAAAAACAAAGUGAUGAAAACGGUAUGAUCAUGUUAAGGCUAAGUAUGAAUACACAUUUGUGUUAAUUAGGUUAUUUUUAUUCCGUUACUAAAUAAGUGAGCACACUCGAUGCGGAGUCCUCAAACCGGUCGUUGCUCCAGUGUCCAGAGUUCCUCGCUGACUCGACGUAUAUCACGGACUGUAUAGUGACCGAGAGGUGAAGUCUGCUACAUAGGGUCUAAUCAUUCUCACUAAACAUUCAGACAACACUAUAGAACCGCAAACGGAUAAAUGGCAGGCUACAAGUGAUCACUUCUCAACAACAGUGGCGUUAGCUACGUUAAGGCUUAGGCCUGCGUGGCGUGAGCGUGGCGUUUCUGUUGCGUGUCAGCUGCGUGGCGGCUGCGUGGAGUUUUCUGUCUUUACACACCAGAAACGCGUCUGGUGUGUAAAG